GGCGGGAGGAAGUGACGCACCGGAAGGUGGGAGCGGCUGUGCGGAAGCGGCGGCGCCGCCAUGGAGCUGAGUGAGAUGCUUUACAACAAGUCCGAGUACAUCGAGACGGCGUCCGGCAAUAAGGUGAGCCGGCAGUCCGUGCUGUGCGGCAGCCAGAACAUCGUUCUCAACGGCAAGACAAUAGUUAUGAACGACUGCAUUAUCCGCGGUGACCUGGCAAACGUACGGGUCGGGCGGCAUUGCGUGGUGAAAAGCCGCAGUGUCAUUAGACCUCCCUUCAAGAAGUUUAGUAAAGGGGUGGCUUUUUUCCCUCUCCACAUUGGUGAUCACGUCUUCAUAGAAGAGGACUGUGUUGUCAACGCGGCCCAGAUUGGCUCCUACGUCCAUAUCGGCAAGAACUGCGUCAUUGGUCGUAGAUGCGUUUUGAAAGACUGCUGCAAAAUCUUAGACAACACAGUGCUACCUCCAGAAACAGUAGUCCCACCUUUCACAGUCUUCUCGGGCUGCCCAGGACUCUUCUCUGGGGAACUCCCGGAAUGUACCCAGGAACUCAUGAUUGACGUUACGAAGAGCUAUUACCAGAAGUUCUUGCCACUCACUCAGGUGGCCUCUGCCAGGGUCUAAAACCAAGUCGCCACUGAAGAUCCCAAACGCUCAGCACUGUUAACAUUCCUUAGAUUUGGCCACUUUAUCCUCCUGUCCUCUGAAACAUCCUGACCUGGGCUCACCUCCGUGCCUCUGCCAGCUCUGGGAAGACGGAGCGCCGGCGGGUUGCAGUGUGCUGCUGCAGCCCGGGGAACCACAGCUUUCUGACGGCAACAUUCGGUCUAGCGCAGUGCAAUAAACGGUGACUUCCGAGGGAGGGCUUUGCUGCACAGCCAGAGGAGCUGUAGGCGCGUGGGGAAGCAUGCCCUGCGGGGAGGGAGGCACCUUCUUUCAGGAAUCCCUGUACAAACAGUGAUCGCUUCAAACGCC